UCAAGACCUGCAAUGGUCCACACUCCACACCACACUCGCUUCUACUGCGAGUAUUGGAGUCUAGCUACAGACUACAUGUACAAAAACAAAUUAAGAUAAUGGUCCUUGUUUCGCCCAUGUCCCAGGCCGUUGCGGCCACGGCCAAAGCCAACAAUGUCGUGGUCUUUACAGGCGCUGGCAUGAGUGCCGAUUCGGGAAUUGGUACCUUUCGAGGCGACAGCGGCGCCUGGAGUGGAAUCUUUGGCACGUUGGCUCUGUUCUGGGGAGGGACACCAAUUGGUUGGAGAUGGACUCCCUCGUUGGUGUGGAGCCGUUUUGUCAAGGACUUUUACGGCCCCAUUGUGGAUGCCGAACCGCACGCGGGACUCUUGGCAUUGCAGGAAUUGGAGGGAUCUUUUGACAAUUUUUCCUAUAUUACCAUGAACGUGGAUGGACUACAUCAAGCAGCCGGCGCUACCAAUGAGCAAGUGGCAGAAGUCCACGGAUCGGUGCUCAAGUAUCGGUGCAUGUCUUGCGACAAGAAACUAUCCAACGAGUACAUUUUGUCGCAAAGCAAUUCCGAUGACAACAACAACAAUUCACAAGGCAACGCCUCCGAAGGCGAAUGCACAAAAACUCAGCAAAGAUUAAAUCCCAGCAAACAACCCCGAUGCGACGACUGUGGAGGACGAGCUCGACCGGAUGUCACGUUGUUUACGGAAUCGCUUCCACCGGAUGAAUGGGGCAAAGCAAUGCGCAUGUUGCGGCGCUUGAAACGAGGCGACGUCAUGCUGGUAGCCGGGACGAGUUCCGUGGUAUACCCCGCUGCAUCCAUCCCGGAGAAGGCUGCAUCUGCAGGAGUGACCAUUAUUGAAUUCAACAAGGAUUUCCCAACUCCACUGUCGUCCAUUGCCAAGAUCCGCGUCGAGGGACGGGCUGCUGAAACCUUUCCCGAGUUUGUCAAGCUCGUGCUCGAGAAACGAAACAAAAAGUAGGGCUUUUUAAAAUUUGCCUCCGGAUGAAUGCUACAUGCUAUAGUUAUGGAUACUGGUGUAGGCUUUUUUAAAAUCAACACUCGAAGCUUUGAAGAUCAAACUUUGUCGUAGUGGAUUGGUGUAACGCAACCAUUAAUAGAUUGCAGGUCUGUGUUU